UGGAGGAGAGAUGGAUUUAUUCCUACCGAAUGCUGUGUUGACCUAUGACUUUGUCCCUGACAUUGGACUUUCGUCAGAGGUCGGAUGCGCUGCCGGUGGUUUGAAUCCAAGUGGAGGAGAAGACGAGAAAAUCCCAACAAUGUUGGGAUCGAGAUGUGAUGAUGACGGAAUGGAUUUUGUCCUUCCGGGUGCCGUGCCUGACAUUGUCCCGAACAACGGAUAUUUGUUAGACAGACACGCCGGUAGUUCACAUCAACGAGGAGGAGUAAAGGAGUUUACUCCUGCAUUUGAGGAGGCGAACAGCCCCAAAGAAAAAUCAGUAAAGAAGGCAUGGAAGAAUGUAAAGCACCCAUGCCUUCAGAAUGAUAAGGUGGAAACACUGAUUCCUUCAGAGCUUAAUGCGGAUUCAGCUAAUCCUUAUCUAAAGGAUGAUGCUGGUCUGGUGAGCUCUGAAUUGCACACUGAAAUCAAACCGGACAAACAACGAAAGGCUUUCUUUGGCUGUCUCUGGAGGGGCAAGGUGGAGUCAAUGCCGACUCCCCAGCUUAAAGCCGAUCCAGCUAUCCCUAAUGUUAGGGAAGUUGUUGAUCCGGCAUCUCAGUCAAAGACCUACGUUGGUCCAAAGAAUCAAAAACAAAAGGCUUCAAAGAGCCGUAAAUGUAACCUCCAGGGAGAAAAAGUGACUGUUGUGCCAACUCAACAGCCCAAGGCUAUUUCAGAUAUUCCUGUUGGCAUGGAUGUUCCUGCUCUGGCCAGCCCCCAAUCGAAAACAAAGAUUCAUCCGGAUAGUCGCAAGAAGCAACACUUCCUUGGAAGCUUCCGGAGGGGCAAAGUGGAGUCAAUGCCGAUUUCACAGAUUGAGGCUGAUCCAGCUAUCCCUGAUGCCAGGGAAGUUGUUGAUAUGGCAGAUUCUCAAUCAAAGAUUGUUGGCUUAAAGAAACAAAAGGCUUCAAAGAGCCACUUAUUUCACAACCCCAAAGUGAAAAAAGAUGCCGAUCCGGCUAUUCCAAGUAGAACUAAAAAUCCUGGACCAAAAGAAGAUGGAAAUCCCAGGCCAAAAGCUCUUGAAAAUCCCUUGCCAGAAGAUGAUAAAGUUGUCAGGCCAAAAAUUAUAAAUCUUCAUCAACAUGCUUUUAAACCACCAAGCGAGAAGAAACCAGAUGAUCCCUCAGUGCCUAAAGACACUUGUGAAUCUAAAUAUGAACUGUUGAAGAAUGAAGUGCUUGGGCGCGGUGGCUCUGGCAAAGUGUUCAAAGGGAUCCGCAAAUCGGAUGGCACUCCGGUUGCCAUCAAGCAAAUAAUCAAACGAAAAAGUGAAAUAACUCUUCAGAUUCCCGGAUACCCCAAACCGUUCAUUACAGAAGUGGCGCUGAUGCUUAAGUUAAAACAUGCGCCCUUCUGCCCCAAUGUCAUACAGUUGUAUGACUGGUACGAGACUAAACACUAUUACAUGCUCGCGUUGGAGUACCCUCAGCACUGCGAAUCCUUGUGGGAUUUUGUUAAUAGUGAAAAAAAACUAAGUGAAAAUACAGCAAGACAUCUCAUGCAUCAGGCAGUACUGGCAGUGAAACACUGUCUGGAUUCUGGAGUUUUCCAUACAGACCUCCAUGCCAGGAACUUCUUGGUGCAGAAAUCAACAAUGAGCCUGAAGUUAAUUGACUUUGGGCUUGGACAUUAUCUUACGUAUAAGGCCUAUAAUUCCAAAGACUUUAUGGGAGGUUCAUGUUGCACCCCGCCUGAGAUUAAAAUGGAAAUGAAAUACUACGCCAUGCCAGCAAAUGUCUGGGCCUUAGGUGCUUUGCUGUACUUCAUGGUGCUUGGAACUUUCCCCUUUCCUUUAAACGCCUUGUAUUCUGGGAAUCUGAAGUUAAAAGAGAAGGGUUUAUCAAAGGAAAUCUGUGGUCUGAUUGAAUGGUGCAUGGCCCUGAAUCCAAGUGAUCGUCCGACGCUCGAGCAGAUCUUGGAUCAUGACUGGUAGAGACAGGGGCGGAGUGGGACCCAAAAAUCUACCAGGAAAUUUCAUAGACCACCAGCCCUACGUGGUCAAACAAAAAAAUGGUUCGCUGUAAAUAAGCAAAUGCUGAAAUCUAAAAUUACAAUAAAAUGACAGCAAAACAA